AGCGCGCAUGCGCCGCAUUACAGGAAGCGUCAACGCUCCUCUCUCUGCCAGCUGAGAGCAGCUACAUUGACAACAGUGAAGGCUGCGACACCUGCUCCGCUGAAACGCUGCUGAAAACAGAAAGACACGCCGGGAGAGCUCCAGACUCCUUCAGCGCAGGUCGACUGCAGUCCACUCGGGAGGUGGCGUUGCUUCGCUGAUCACUUUAGGGAGGAGGCCCAGCCCCUCGCUGUCCCCUGCACAGGACGCUAUGAGCUCCAGAGGGAGCGGUGGCCGCUCCAACGGCACACUCCCGCAGACCAAGAUAUGCCAGUUCAAACUGGUGCUGCUGGGAGACAUGGCCGUGGGCAAGUCCAGCCUGGUGCUGCGCUUCGUAAAGGGCCAGUUCGAUGAGUUCCAGGAGACGACCAUUGGAGCUGCAUUCCUGGCCCAGUCGGUGUGUCUCGAUGACACCACGGUGAAGUUUGAGAUCUGGGACACGGCAGGACAGGAGCGAUACCACAGCCUGGCUCCCAUGUACUACCGUGGCGCUCAGGCUGCAAUUGUUGUCUUUGACAUCACCAAGCCAGAGACGUUUGAGAGAGCCAAAGCCUGGGUGAAGGAGCUGCAGAGGCAGGCCAGUCCUAACAUCGUCAUUGCACUGGCCGGAAACAAGGCCGACCUCGCUGAGAAGAGGCUGGUAGAAUACGAGGAAGCCCAGACGUACGCCGACGACACUGGCCUGCUGUUCAUGGAGACGUCUGCUAAGACGGCCAUGAACGUGAACGAGCUCUUCCUGGCUAUCGCAAAAAAGAUGCCAAAAACAGACACCCAGAACCCAACACACGCAGCGCGGCAUCGGGGAGUCAACCUGCAGGACCCGGAUGCCCACUCCACCCGAGCCUGCUGCGGUGGGAACUAGACCUCCACCGACCCCUGGCCGUGUUCCACCACCCACCCAGCACCACAGCCCCUCAGCCAUCAUGUCUCCUCCAACCGACUCACAGGGUUGAGCCUGACGUGGAGAAACCCCAGCAUCCACCCCCCCCCAUAUCCUGCAUCCAUCCUCCUGUUCGCCAAGAUGGAAGAUUCAGAGGAGAGAGAGAGAUGGAAGAGUGAAGCAGGAGAUGAAGGACAGAGGUGAUGUUUCUCAUCAUGUGUCUCUGGACCAACAGCUCCAAUUCUGUGUCUGAAAUUUUCAUGCAAAGACUGAGACUAAGAGGAGGAAAAUAAAAUUAGCAGAAGAGGUGGGAGGCCUGAUGUAAUUAGCACUAAUAAUGAAAUUUCAUCUUCUCUCGGCCUUGCACCAAGCGAUCAAACCCUGCUGUGAAUAAUGCCACAUACUGCACCCCCCGGAAUGACCGCAAGCCCUCUCCUCUCAUGCUUGACCUUCCCUGGACCAGAAAACCCGGAAGGGCCACGGCACAGAUUGUCAAAAGUAUUUAUAGUACAGUGUUUAGGCUUCACUGCCUGCUGGCUGCAACCCUCCAUCGUCUGUCCUUCUGUCCAAAUACGAACUCAACAUUGUCCCUUGAGAUCAACAAGCUGAUUUAUUGAGAGUUUAUUUAAGACUUGACUUGUUUGAUUUAUGAAAGUUUGUUGAAGUGCGGUGCAUGGCUAUGGAUACGGAGAGCUGUACAACACUAGACGGGGUUUGGAGUAUAUGACGAGCUGAAGAAGUAGCUGGAAGUCUUUAAAUUUCUACAGAAGGGAAUCCAAACAGUUUCCAAAAAAUGAGGUUAUUGCUUGGAGUAAAUGUUCUAAACCGAUAUGUGGGUGCAGUGAGUGAUGAAGGUGAUUUUAAUGUGUUUGUACAAUUGAUACACUGGGAAUUGUUGUUUUGUUCAUUAGGUAAAAGAGGGCAGAACAGGCUUUAAAGUUCGUAGUGGACCUCCCUGCCCUGUGGAAGCACAUCUGCCAUCUCGUACUCGUACCUCAUCUGUCUUGUUCUGAAGCUGCGCUGUCAGUGAUCUUAGAUAACUUAACGGAUCAAUUAUAUCCUCAGAGUUUAGUUCAACUCAGAGUGAAGAAAAAGGGGAUAGCAUUGAUGAAAACACAAAAAAAAACAGAAGUGCCUAAUCCCAGUUUUCUUUCUGUGAAUCCUGUUUGGGGCUUUUUUUUCUUUCCUUUUGUGUGUGCUUCAUAGCCCGAGAGCAGGAAAACAAACACUGUCCUUGACAUCGGCUUGUACCUUCAUAACAACUUGGGCACCCCGUCAUUAGGCUGUACUGUUUUGGCUCUUAGUGUGGAUGUAAAGAAAACACUGUAUGUUCUAUAUUGUCUUUCAACAGAAGUGCUUGUUGAUCUUAGAAGAGCACACACGUGAACCUGGAAUGAAUUGUUCAAAGGACUCUAAUCAAUGUUAUAAAUCUGUUUUGAUUUUAACAAAAUACUGGUGUCCAUAAGAAUCGUGUUUUGCUUUAUUCUCAGACUCACCAUCAAAACAAAAAAUAAUUUUGGUGUACAAGUGAAAGCUAUAAAAAGGUUAUGCUUCUCCUUGCAGGACAUUUUCAGCACAACAUGUACAAUAAACUCGUUCACUAGUUCA